AUGGACUCUCCUCCCACUACUCUAUCGUCACAGUCUCUUCCUACACCCGAUGCGCGACCAAAGCGAGCGGCAGUGAGUGAGGAACCUGGGAAGAAGCCUAAGAAGCCCAAUAGCGAGAUACGAAAGCAGCAGAACAGGAUAGCUUCACGUAACUAUCGAGAGAAGCGCAAACGGAAGCUCCAAUACCUCCAGCAGUUGAUCAGGGACGACUCCGAAGGCCGUCGGGAGUCAGAACCCUCGCCUGAGCAGCACGAAGUGUACCCGCGCGCUCCGUCUGCAGACUACGACAUUGUAGGCGCGAGUUCGUCACCCUACCAGAUGCCGUCAAGCCGUGUCUUUGGCGCAAGCAGCGCAGUUGCAAACGAAGCUAUACUAGCAGCCACCCCAGGCGCCUGGCAACCCCAACGUGAGUCUGCCUACCUCGUACUCGUACUCGCCGUAUCAUCAGGGCCGGCGGACUGCUCCACAUUGAGGUUCGAGAUCCUCUUCCCCCGUCUUUUGCCGUAUGGCUUGAGUGGAGACGGCAAGUAA